UUUUAUUCAAUUGUUCCCUUAAAAAACGUUUUGAGAGUUUAACGAUUUUUUUUCUUCAAAAAUGGCGAAAUCUCUACGAGAUUUAUCGUUAGAUGCAUUCAAAAAGGAUCCGUUAUAUGGUUUGCUACAGGAUUGCUGGCGACCAGUUCAAUGGAAUUGUGAUGAUCUGAAACUAAUCCAAAAACCAGAGCCAUUGAAUUCAUUUGUUGAUUCUCUUCUUGGAACUGUACAGAUUGGAUGGCGACUGGAAGGAAAAGUCAUCGGAUGCAGUUAUUUGUUGAACGGGUUUUACAAAGUUGAAAGAACAUCUCCUGGUUUAGUGGCUUGUGCAAUUAUCGAUCAUUAUCGCAAAAUUCAAUUGUGGAACAGCGUUUUUAAUAAUUACAAUCAUUAUCAAUAUAUUUCUCGUUUCAGACAGUGAUUUAUUGUAUUGGAUGAAUUC